AUGCCGAGUUUUUUUCGCUUAUUACGUGAGCGCGUCGCUCUUGUGGAUUCGCUAGUAUGUGUGGGUCUAGACCCUCAUAUCGCUGAACUUAAUGAGGCCACAGCUGCUGCUGCACAAGCUUUUUGUCUGAAUCUUAUCGAGCAAACGCAGCACGUUGCAGCCGCUUUCAAGCCAAAUUCCGCCUUUUUUGAGGCCUUUGGGGCCGAGGGCAUUACAGCACUGCAAGCUAUAAUCAAAGCCAUUCCUGAUGGAAUUCCUGUUAUUUUAGAUGCUAAGCGCGGCGAUAUUAGUACCACAGCCGCUGCCUAUGCUGUCUCCGCAUUUGACAAGCUCGAGGCGCACGCCAUAACAUUAGCCCCAUACAUGGGCGUCGAUUCGAUUGAUCCGUUCGUACGUGGCCAUCCGGAUCGCGGGUGCUUUGUGUUGUGCAAGACGUCAAAUCCCAGCGCUAAUGACUUUCAGACGCUAUCUGUUGGCUCGCGUGCAUUAUUUGAGGAAGUAGCAGCCAAAUGCGAGCAGUGGAAUUCGGAGGACAAUGUUGGCCUUGUUGUGGGAGCUACAGAUGUAGAGGCACUUCGUCGUGUGCGCAUGAUAUCUCCCAAUCUUUGGAUUUUGGCCCCAGGCAUUGGUGCCCAGGGUGGCAAUUUGGAAGAGGCUGUGAUGGCCGGUUUAUCGGCUGACGGUUUUGGUUUGCUUGUACCCGUAUCGCGAGGUAUCUCUAAGGCCGAAAACCCUAAAGAAGCGGCUGAGUCUCUACGUGACGCCAUAAAUGUUGUUCGUAAGACUAAAUUAAGUGCUGUUACAACAAAAGGCAACUCAACAAGUAUCGAGUUCAUCAAGUUGGCCUUGUCUUUCGGCGUACUUAAAUUCGGCGACUUCACAUUGAAAUCAGGACGUCAAAGUCCCUACUUUUUCAACGCCGGUCUAUUUCGUACAGGCCGUGCGCUAGGUCAACUCGGAAGAUUUUAUGCAGAGGCGAUCCACAAUAGCGGGGUGAAGUUCGAUGUGCUAUUUGGCCCAGCUUACAAGGGCAUCACACUAGCGUCGGCUGUGGCCAUUGCGUUCGGUGAUAUGUACGGUGUUGAUAUUCCCUUUGCGUACAACCGUAAGGAGGCUAAAGAUCAUGGUGAAGGAGGCGUGCUAGUCGGCGCUGACAUGACUGGCAAAAAAGUUUUGAUAAUUGAUGAUGUCAUUACGGCCGGUACCGCUAUUCGUGAAGCCUUUACUAUUCUCAAAAAGACAAAUGCUCACGUCUCGGGUGUGUGCAUCUCAUUGGACCGUCAAGAGAAAGUUUCGAGUGAAGAUACUCGCUCUGCCAUUGACCACAUAAGGGAAAGUUUUGACAUCCCAGUCGUGACGAUCGCUACGCUCGAUAGCCUUGUCGAAUAUCUGGAGAAACUGGACGUAGCUUCAGAUACUAAUGCCUCGUACUUAUCAAUCAUUCGCAGCUACCGAGCUCAGUAUGGUGUUUCCAAGUAA